AUGGCUAAAUCUAAGAACCAUACCGCCCACAACCAAACCAGAAAGGCUCACAGAAAUGGUAUCAAGAAACCAAAGACCAACAAGUACCCUUCUUUAAAAGGUGUUGAUGCUAAAUUCAAGAGAAACCACAGAUACGCUUUACACGGUACCACUAAAGCUUUAGCUUCUGCUCGUGCUGAAAAGAGAGCCGCUUAA